AGCCACUAUGAACUGUGUAUCUCUAUUCAUGUCACGAUGACAAGGGUGCGAGCAUCACAAUGUUUACAAAUAAUUUAGUUUUUAUUCCCAAGCGAUUUUCAACAGAAAAGUGUGGUUUUAUCGAAGGAUUUCACCGAAAGAAGCCCAAUUUCGACGUCUACUAUAUAACGCACCCUGAAGUGCACACAACAUGUAAAAAUCAACUUGGUUAUGUAGGAAAGCACCCCAAUGUGGAGUUUCCGGGCAAAAACACCCUAUUCAUUACACAAGGAACGAAAAACAUUCACCUAGAUAAAGAAAACAAUGAAGACAUCCAUGUAACACAAAUCCGAUAUGAGUACGAAGCUUUCCGAAACAGCAAACUGGUCUCAGAAGGCGAUAAAAUAUACGGUAUUCUCUUAGGAGAACUCGCAGAAAAAAUCAGUGAAAGCAGGGCGAUAGUAAACGAAAACAACACCGGAGUAUUUUAUUGGUUUUUUGCCCUACUCAAUAUCAUAAUCAAAAUAUUUACUAAAUUGAACCCUGUUAUAAAAAACUGCACAACAUUGACUUACAUUCAAUCAAGCGUGAAAUCACUAAAAUGGAUCGCAAACCAUUUAGAGUCGGAGAAAAAGUUCACCCCGCAGCUUGGAAAUUUAUGCUUAGCUAAAUGUAUAGACAUUCUUCUCGGUGUUGCUUUUAUCUGGUUGUGUUUGCCUUAUAAGUGCAUUGUUACAUCCAACUUACAUUAUAUCUCACAGGGAUCUGUGACUCACCUGCGAGAGCUACUUUUAUACUUAAUGGGUUCCCCAAUCGGGUUAAAAUUGAACUAUGCGUUUAACCAUUCGCUUGGCAAGUUUUUCUUCUACCAUAUCAAUCUAUGGAAGGUAUUUUUGCAAGCAAUGCAACCCAUUCUAGAAGCCAACUUUCAGCUACUGUUGCUACCAGCUCUAUUUGGAGUAUCCUAUCAACUAGCUAUAAUUUGUGAUAUAAUUUCACUCGCAACUUUCCACGUUUAUUGUAUAUACGUAUAUGCAGCAAGGCUUUUUUCUCUUCAAGUAAAAGGCUUAAUUUCACUGUGGCGGCUGUUUAUCGGAAGAAAAUUUAAUCCUUUAAGGAACAGGGUGGAUUCUUGUGAAUAUUCUUCCAAUCAACUUUUCAUUGGAACGCUGGGGUUUACAUUAUUGCUGUUUCUGUAUCCUACCACUGCCUUGUAUUACACCGUGUUUGCGGCAUUUAGGAUUAUAACUCUAGUCAUCCACACGUUGUUCAGCAAAUUAAAGGAUUCCAUUAGCAGUAUUCCUUUAUACAUUGUGAUUUUAUGGAUUUUUAAAUCGUCUAGUAUUGCAGGGACUUUACAUAUGCAAUUGAUUGAAAGUUCAAACAGUAACAAUGUUAUUGAGAUAACAUUAGCCCCUUUGUCUCUAACUGAGAGUAUAGAGAAAUUCUCUAGCACGGUCAAAGAUAACAACACACAAAUCAACCACAGUUUAAGUACCAUAAUAUCCAGACUACUUAUCGGCCAAUUAGUGUAAUGAAUAAUAAAGACUUUUUAAUUUUA